AUGACUCGAGCACAGGGGCCCUGGUUCGAAAAGCGCACAGUCUUUCAACUCGCAGUUGAGAAAGGGCAAACAGAGGUAUUUGAUAUCUUGGUGGAAGCGGGAGCGAAUGUUAAUGAGCCAGCGGGCGAUUCGGAUGGUGCAACGGCGUUGCAGCUAGCUGCACAGAAGGGCUAUCUUGGCAUUGCAGAACGGCUUCUUGCUCUCGGGGCAGAUGUCAGCGCUCCCGGUUUUGGCCGGUCUGGGUUAACCGCUUUGAUGAAAGCGGCGUUUCACGGACGAACUGAUAUGCUCCAACUUCUUCUAAAUCACUGCGAUAGGACCAGAGACAACUGGAAAACGGAGAUGCUCCUAGCUGGUGCUGAAGCAGCGUUCAGAGGUCACUAUGCCAUCAUCGAUACAUUGAGAAGGGAAGAAAUGUGGAGCAUGGUCGAGGAAAAGAAAUUGGAGAUGAUGGUAAAGAAUAUGACGAUGAAGGUUGAUUGGGACGUCCAGCUUGACUGA